CCAGCAGUCCACAACUGGUGGAGGAGGUUACAAAGGUAGCACUACAUCAGGUGCAACCUGGGACAAGGGAGCGAAAGGUCUAAAUGAUUCGAAGGAUGGACCAUCAGCAGACGCUAGGCUGGGGAUGGGGGGCUUCGGCAAGGUUGGGCCACCGGGUGUCAUUAAGAUUCUCGAUCAGAACAUAGAAUCAGUUCCUCGAAAAUCCCCAGCGUAGUUGUCUGAUUCUCCGGUCUGCUUUUUAGGAUUAUUUUGAGGAAUUGCGCGACGUCCACGACAGACUAUCUUUCUCUGACGUUUCCUGUAAAUCGUAGGACUUUUUUGAGCAGAUCAUCUUCAUGAAGCGACUUUUCAUAUCUGUUUCCUUGUCAUAAGUUAAGCUUUUCGAGAAUCAAAAAGCAAAGCAUAAACUACGUACCUGGGGAUGAUGGAUUAUGGAGAAUGAAGAAGUUCUAUCCGGAUCUCUAAUGACCGUCAAAGGCAGUGGGCUCAGGCUGUAGGAUCGCCAAGAAAGGGACCGGCGCCAUCGACUGCGGCAAGCCAGCCUGUAGCCAUGAACAGCCAGCCACAAAGUAUUCGCUCAACAACGCCACAGUUAUGUUGAAACCAAAAUUCUGAUUCUUAGACGCAUAAUCACGAAACUAGACUGAAAGUGUAUAUCAUGCAAGUGUAAAAUACCACGGAAGCGUAGGUGUAAGUGCUACAGGGGGGUAAUAGUAAUGAACGUGUAAGUGACCAAUGCAGGCUGGAACAGGAAGCGAUGAGAGUGUCUGGUACGUUAAUUCUUGACAAGUAUCAUGAGUUAAAAACUUUCUUCUUUCAUGACAUCAGCCGGUACACACGCACUUCGAAGACGAGGAAGCGGAUGUGAUACACCAUCUGGUAACCGGCGCGCAAACUACCACGCAUGUCUUAUGGGGAGGUUUUGAUCCUGACCGUGUGUCAAUUAGUCGUAAUCUGUUGGAUCCAAGCGCCGUAUAGUUCUACAUUCCCGGUGGUUACAGUCCGAAGUCCCCUGAUGUAACACGCUAAGAGGGCCCUGUAGGCAUCAUUUCGAUUUUCGUAUGCUCCAUGACAAACUACAGCCUUACGUAAUACCUCUUCUAACAACGACCCAAUUAGAGUGGAGCAAUCAUAAUUCGAAGACGCCGAGCGUGGUAGUCUUUUUCUACCUCAACGUGUGCAUUGGCGUUAUGUCAGUGAUAGAAAGUUAUGAACACGAAGAUUAGAUAUUUUGAUGCUUAUGCAGCUGAAGUUGAUGCACCUCCGGAAAGCAAUUUUUUAACGUAAAAAUGCACUCUGGAAGUAGAUAGAUAAGGUACUGCCUGAUUACAAAAAUAAACGGUCUAUUUUCUUUUUGCACCGGGAAAGAUGGCGGCAGCCAAGAACAGACCAAUCCUCUGUGUUGAUCGAUGCCUAAAAGCUCGAACGAAAAGAACACUCCUCUCUGAACUACCCACACACUCUCCUUUCAUAAAGGCCUGUACGCUGUGAUCGUCGGCAUCAUUGUACCUGGGGAGAGUCGGGCGCAUAUCCUGCAGUCGCGCCUCGGAAAAAUGCCUGCGUUUAUUAAGGCUACCGCUGGAGCAUCCUCAACAUCAUCCCCGGCUCUUUUUUACUUGAAAAAAGAGCCAAGGAUGCUCCCAGGGAUGCCACUGCGGUAGCUCUAAGUUUAUCGCUCUGGUCGUCUUUUUCGCAAUAGCUCGCGGCCUCACGCACUUACUCCUUGCCUUCUUUGUAGGUAUAGUUACAACAAACUUUGCAAUUUGUUUCUGGGCAUCCUAUCCCAUCCUAUCCUAACGAUGAAUAUGAUGGAUCCUACCUUAUCCCAUGUAGAAAUAACACAUUUUGCAAUAAACUCUCAGCUCAUUGGCAGAAGAGAUUGGCCUUGGUGUAUGGCGGAAGCGAGAUUAUAUCUAUAAUCCUGAGCCUAUUGGCGUUCGCGAAGCCUAAGGUCGAGAUGGUACAAGAUGUUAAGGAUUUUCUGAAUUUUCGAUCCAUCCAAAAAGAGCAUAUCUUAGUGUGAGUUCUACUAUUUUGAGUAGGUCAUAGAUAUAGUAAGUGCAGUAGUACUAGUGUAGUAGGCUUGAAAAUCAUUUGUAUAGUUUUAGGUCUUCGGGAGGUUCGAUGGGGUAGAAAAUCGAGAAUCUAGUCGGAUAGGAACAAGAAAAAAAGAGUUGGCGACGUUGUCGUUCACUGAAUCACAAUGAAAGAAAAGUAGAAAGAACAGCAUAUUAGAUAUGCCAGAUGGAUAGGGCGAAAAACAUGGAAACCACUAAAGAGGGAGUGCAGAAAGUCGCGGUUAUUAGGUUCCGAGACGGCAACCUAGAAUGGUCUUUCAAUUACUGCAACAUCUUCGGCUACUUCGAUUUCUUUUUUAUGGUCUGGGCUGCACUGGGGGUCAUCAUGUCCCUAGCAGGUACUUCUCAUAUGAAUUUUCAUAGGAAGACAGGAUAGGAGAGUGUCUACACACUUGAUCAUUUCGAAGAACCUUUUUUACCAGAUUUUCUACUUCUUGCUCGCUGACACUGCUCAGUAGAAGAAGCAUAAUGCAUGAUCUCGCUCCAUUUUUUUCUCUCACAACGUCUCACUCCAUUUUUUUUCUUCUACAGCGUUUUCGUUUCUUUUUUAUCAGGUAAACAAUUCGACGAGAGCGAGCUGGUGAAGGUGGAAACUAUUCCAAACGAAAUAAAAGAGCCGAUUCCUGUACCUGCGGAAACUCAGUCCUCGUUUCUCUCGGAACAAGAGACGCGAUUAAUGCAGCUUGAGCAGGAACUUUAUUUUAUGGAAGAGGUUUUGUUUUCUCAUCACAAUCAAGGGGUCUGUUGACGGGUAGAAUAUCUAUCAGGUGGAUUAUGUAAUCGGUCUGUAGAAGAGGCUGUAGUCGGUCUAUGUAUCAAGUAGAUUUUAUGAUCGGCCUGUCUAUGAUCAGGGAGAUGCUUCGUUCAUCUUCAGCAAUUGAAUUCUCUUUUAUCUGCUCUGGUACAAAAUCAUAUUUUAGUUUUUCAAGAACAAGUAGCAGGGUUACCAGUGCUGUUUUCACAUAUAAAAGUAUGCGAAGACUGCGGCUCUCCUUUCUAUUGCAUCAUUGUAUUUCUUGAAGGUUGACAAGGAUCUGUGAGGGAAUUUCUCUAAUUUUCAUCAGCAAAUGAUUUCGAAACAACAGAUGGCGCAUCAACAGAUGGUUGCGCAACAACAGAUGGCUCAGCAACAGAUGGCGCAGCAACGGAUGGCGCAGCAGCAGAUGGCGCAAAAUCAAAAGCAACCAGAGAUCAUCGUAAACCUCGUGCAACCGGAAGCACCACCAGCGCCACCUCCCUUAUGAACGGCAACGAGGACAAAAAUAACAAUAUAAUGAAGAUAAAAAGAAAAGCAUUUUCAAUAAAUUAGUCAGAAUUCUCAUACUAGUGACGCUAUGACUCAUGAACAUGCUACUAGCAUUUAUGAUGACAUGAAUGAUACGUUGAGUCGUGGAGUAGAAUUAAUCAUGGUCAGAGUACUUCUUCUAGUCGUGAUGAUUAUAUGCGAUACUUCUACUAGAGUAGAAUACUAGUCGUGAUGAUGAUGUUGUUGUGGUAGUACUAGUAAGUCCUUCUUCAUGGCAACCACCACCUCCAGAGCCGCCGAAGAAGAAGAAAGUGAAGAGGAAAGUGAAAACGGCACCAAGGAAACUCAAUAUUGUGCUCAGGGGUGGCGAAGAAGGGGAAGAGGGCCAUAUGUUAAGGAAGGACAAAUUUUUGAAAUGUAGUUUCUCUACCUACGAAUGUUUAAGCACCUAGUUGUGAGAUGUAGCUGUUAUCAUCCUAUUGCGAGGACAAAAUUGAUCAGCAUUUUCUCGACCACAAGUUUUUCUUUACCUGCUUUGGAUAUAUGUUGUGAAUAAGACAAACACUAUGUUGUGUGAAGAUAGCUUAUGAUUGAAUAGGUGUACGAGGCAGGUAUUGAUUUGUCGGAACCCGCUCGCACUGCAAAAGAAAGAAGAAAAAACGACUUUAGGUAAUGGCUUGAACUGAGAGUAGACACGUCUAAAAAUGAUAACUGUGGAUGCAGACGAAGCUGCGGACAAGGACGGGAAAGUUGUUAUUCAAGCGCCGGAACCAAAAAAGAAUGGACUGAAAAUUAAGCUGCGUGGUUUAAAAACUUCUCUUUCUCAACAAAGGCGGGCAUGUAUUAUACGAAAGACAGAAAACACUGCCGAUGCUAGCUAUACAAAGAUCUGAGCUGUAACACUAUUUUACAACAGCCGCUUUGUCUCCAACUAUAUGAUUAAAAACGCAUAAUAUUCUCUUUGAAUAAUUACCUCCUUUCAUGAUGUAAAAGAAGCAGCAGGUGGAAGAGGGAGAGGGAGUACAUGAUGCGGUGGUGCACGAAGAGGGAGUCUCAUCGGCUGAAGAUGGUGGUGGAGAUGACGACGGCGAAGGGAGCGAUAGCGACGCUAGUGAUAGCGACGCUAGUGAAGAUAGCGACGCUAGUGAAGAUAGCGACGAUAGUGAUAGCGACGCUAGUGAUAGCGACGCUAGUGAUAGCGACGAUAGCGAUAGCGACGAUAGCGAUGGGGAGGAAGGGGACGCGUCAGGGCUGAUAGACGGCACACAGCAGCGAUCUCAGAGGCCUCGGGCUGAAGGUGAAGCAACAGCAGAGGAUCCUAUUCUGGGCCAAAAUGCUGUGAGUGCAAUAUCCAGUGACGGGCCAGCACAACUGAGCGGCAACGACAGUGACGAACUCGAGGACAGAGGAGAAAGUAGGAGCAGCAACAGCGUUGCCGAGCACGAGAAAAGUAGGAGUAGUCGCAGCCUUCCCGAAGGAAAGCAGGGUAGGAGGGGGCAGAGUCGUAGUAGGGGCGGAGUAGAAGAGAAGGAUGGAGCGGCGCAGAGCGAAGUAAAGACCGAAGCCACACCGCCACGACCGAAGGCCUACCCGCAUGGGAGAAACACCUUCCAUUUUUAUGGAGAAAGCCCAGCGCCAUCUGGAGGUAGCCCUCAAGAUGACGACCACUGUGUGGAAAUCGAGGCUAGCCCUCGAAGAGACGAGGAUGACCGCUAUCCGAGCUCGCAAUUCUUGAAGUUCUACGCUUCUGCACACAGCCAGGAACAAAAAUUAUCUUCGCGUUACUACAACACCUUUUCUGCUACUGAUGUACACGAUCAUGUUGAGGGAGACGAGGAAGAGAACGCGGAGCUCGAACCCCUGUGCGAGGAAAGUCUUGGCAAGGAUAUCGAUCUCGAGAAGGGUCUUGUGCGUUAGUAUCCUGAAGAUUAAAGGAGGUUGGAUCCUCAAAAAUUUUUCUCACCUCGUCUGAUCCUCGGUUUACAACGCAACGAACACCCAGUACGGAGUACUAGCACGACUAGCAAGAAUUGAUAACAUAUAUUGUUAGGUACACAUACUACGUAGUAUACACAUACCACCGCAGCAUACACAUUCUAUAGGACAUGCAUACCAUAGCAUACAAAUGAUUUAUCUUAGCAUCCUAGCGCGAAGACUACUGUAGUCUAGAUCGCAUAAAUUUUCAUUUUGUAGAAGAAACAUAGUUCGCUUACAGUAUUCCUCCUUGGCCUGAUACCUAGUUUAAAUUUGUGGACAGCAUACACAUACUCAGAAGAUACACACACACAUGAACAUGAUCACGAUACUCAGAAGAUACACACACACAUGAACAUGAUCACGAUUCUGUAAUUGUUGUACACCCAUUAAUAAUGACCUUACUCGCACUCUCAGGAGGCCUCCCCAAUCUUGAGAUCCUACCGCUGACGUUCCCAUACUAUGCAGGGAAAAAGAUCUCACUCUUCACUUACCUUUAGGUAUGUAGGCCUUAUGUCCCCUGGCCCUCUACCUCUUGUACAAAAAUGUGAGAUACAACAACAGCUCAGUCUAGCGGCUGACGUAUUCUUUCUUGGUAAAUACCUCCGAUGCAGUAUGCAUCUACGUAUUUAAGUGAAGAUUAGUAUUUAACCCGACACCAAAUUUAUUUUGUACUCCAAAAAUGGGACACUGAUGUUUGUCUAGUGCUACGUGCAUUGCAGACAGAUGUGCCUGUGCUUAUACCAAUUCAUUGUAAUUUAGUUGAUUCCAUUUUUCGUCCGACAGUUUCGGAAUACUGACCUGGGCAUCCUACGAUACCAAUUUUCACCCGACAUAAUUGAAAUUGAAUGUUGUUACGUUAAUUUUGUUUCGUGAAGAACAUUCGAAUCGAUACAGUAAUGCUAAGCAAAAUUUUUGUGUUAUUGAUGCAGGCACUAGCCGUUGUUGCGAUCACCCG